GACUCCUCCCCAGUGCAGAGUUCGGAGAUCUCUCUUCCUGCGGUCAGCCUUGUUUGACAGGCAACAUUGGCGCAUUGUUUCACACAUUUAUAAAAACAAUUAUCCCGUACAUACCGAUAAUUCAGAGGCAUACAGUUUUGCACAUUAUUUUCGGGAACAAGCGCUGGAGAGGCCUCGUCUAGAAUGGGGAACAGAGACGAUGAAUACGAUUUCUUGUUCAAAGUUGUGCUAAUUGGGGACUCUGGCGUCGGGAAGAGUAACUUGCUCUCUCGGUUCACACGGAAUGAGUUCAACCUUGAGAGUAAGAGCACCAUCGGGGUGGAGUUUGCCACCCGCAGCAUCCAAGUGGAUGGGAAGACGAUAAAGGCCCAGAUAUGGGACACGGCUGGACAGGAACGUUACAGAGCCAUCACCUCCGCCUAUUACAGAGGGGCAGUGGGUGCUCUCCUAGUGUAUGACAUCGCCAAGCACCUGACCUAUGAAAAUGUGGAGCGGUGGUUGAAAGAGCUGAGAGACCAUGCAGACACCAACAUCGUCAUCAUGCUGGUGGGCAACAAGAGCGACCUGCGCCACCUCAGGGCCGUGCCCAUGGAUGAGGCCCGGGCUUUUGCAGAGAAGAACACUCUAUCCUUUAUUGAAACUUCAGCCUUAGAUUCAACAAAUGUAGAGGAAGCUUUCAAGAAUAUCCUUACAGAAAUCUAUCGCAUCGUAUCGCAGAAGCAGAUCGCUGAGCGGUCCGCCCAUGAUGAGUCCCCUGGAAACAAUGUGGUGGACAUAAGUGUUCCGCCCACCACGGACCAGAAAGGGAACAAACUGCAGUGCUGUCAGAACCUGUAACCCAUAAUGACGCUUACCUUUCUGUCAUCUCAAAGUGUUGUGGCGCAAACAUUCUUCAUUUUGUGUAAUAUACUUUUGUUUUUGAUAGCUUGUCAACUCACAUUAUAUUAAUGCCAUAAAAUAAAAUUUUACAAUAUUACA